UUGCAGCGCGCCUAGUGUAGAAAACAUCAUCCUUUGGAGCGUGACGUUGGCUUCUCGGCUACCGAUUUAUAUUUGUAUCGACUAUUUUUUACAUAGUUUUGGCAUCAACAGUAAUUCUUUAAUUUUUUUUUUAUUAUUAAAGUUUAAAAAAGCGGUUGCGCGAAAGCGAAAAGUAUUGUAUGCUGUUUACAAUUAUAGUAUAGUAUUUUUGAAGUUUGCAAAUUUUUGAAUGUAAAGGAUUUCAUUUUAAUCAUGUCUGUUCCUGAAGAUUCUAGACCCUUUGAGGUCUUAAGACAGCACGCUGCAGAUUUUAAGACUGGUUUCGAUGAAGACAUCAAUUCUUGUCUCGGCCUUUUGGAUUCCAAACUGUCUGCGCUUAUUUCUGAUCCUGGAUCUACGAACACUCCUUCAAAAGACGGCAACAGGCUCAGUGUAGAUAUCCAGUUUACAAGAGCCAAAUACGACAUUUAUGUGCACAUGAAAUCUCUUUUUGAUGAAAUAGAGUCCUCUUGGAAAGAACAGCUGGAAGAUAUGAGGAAUAAUUUUUUAGAGAAUGUUGAGAUUUUAUUGGCUAAAACAAAGUUGCAUGAAAAAGUACUUCAAAAUGAUGGUAAAAAGUCUUUAAAGAAUCGCAAGGUACGAACCGAAUCUCCUGGUGCAACUUCAAAUUCAUCAUUUUCUUUGUUAUCAAAAGCAAAGAAGUUACCUGUACUCAGUUCACUCUUACCUCAAACCCAUGAAUCAGAUGAAGAAAUCGAUGAAAACGGUUAUUCCCUGGAUGAUGCUUCUAAAAGCUCUGAGAUGCCUCGAAGCUCUCCACCUAAACCUAACAAAGCUCUCAUUAAAAGAAACCCCUAUCCAAAGAAACCUGAAGUACAAAAUAUGGAAGAAGAUGAAAGUUCCAACACGACAGAUCAGGACGAUGAGGAGGAGAUAGAAAUCCUUGUUAUGCUGACUCCUCUAAAGAGAAGUACUGCCAAAAAUAGAAAAAGUAUACUAAAGCCUGAUUCACUCGUUGAAAGUGAACUCCACACUACUCCUAGCCGUUCCACUAGAAAAAGAACUGCUGGUAAAGAUACAAAUAUUGGUGCAAGUGAUGCUAUGGAAUGUGAAGAAAAUGAUAUGGAUGUUGCUCCAAAAACUCCCAAGAAUGUGCAUUUUUCUAUGGGACUUAAUGUUCAUGAAGAUCUUGAAAUUUAUUCUCCGGAGAUUAAUCUUACAAGAUCUGCCCCUCGAAGAAAAACUGUGAUGACUGAAGUUGAGGAAAAUUUUACAGACAUUUCCCACACGCCUGUUGGUCGACCUAAAUCAAAGAGAAAAACUAUUGGUAGCGGUGUAACAGAUGUUCCAGUUGCUCCAUCUCCCAAAAGAUUCAAGUCUUCAAGAAACUCAAAUACAUCUGCAAUUACUGAAGAGUCAGAAGAUGCUGAUCUUUCGAGAAGUGAAUCAUCUAGUUCAGGUCAUUACACUCCAUGGCUGCUUAUUGAAGACCUUGAUGGUAAAGUGCCUUCUCAAUCAGGUGUGUAUGAACUAAAAGUGUACAAAGCAAAGAAAUCUGCUUAUAUCGGAAGCUGUGACAACCUCCGCCAGAAACUUACCUUGCACAAGCUAGGUGGUAACUCAGGUCACAAGCACCUAGACAAGUUUUUGGAGAGAAACAGAAAAGACGUCCAAGUGCGAUACGAAAUUAUGCCGUCUGCGGCUCAAGCCAAGACAGAAGAGAUGAAAAGAAUCAAGGCAUUUGUUGAACUGUAUCAUACCUCUCCAUCCUACAACUGAUGUUUAUAGAGAUAUUCAGUUCUCUAUCUGUAACUUAUGAUGUUUUGUUUGUUUUUUUUUAAUUAUUGAUAGUUUCUAUGACUCUUCUUUUCAGGGGUCUGUCUAGGUUUUUUUAAGAGAAUUUUGUGAAAAUGUAGACAUUAUUAGUAAAAAUUAAAAGUUAUAUUUAAAAAUCAACACAAAUAUAUAUUAAAAUAAGAAAAUAUUUUCCAAAAUUGUCACUACAAAUAAAAAUAAAAAAAUGGUUAAUUUCGCUAUAUAUUUUUCCCAUAUAUUCAAAAAAAAAAUUUGCUUUCAUAAAAUUUUCAACUUAAAAUUGUAUCUAAAUUUAAAAAUAGGGCACAUAGCAUUUUUAAAAAGUGCUUAAACAGGGUGGCCACUCACCUGGAAUUAUCAGGGAAUUUUUUUAUACUGGAAAAAACCUGGAAAAAUAAGAGAAUUUUAAAGAAAAGCUGGAAUUUUUUUUAUUUUCACUAAUUUAAAUUAUUUACUAAUUUCCUUAAUUUAAAUUAUUUCAUCCAUUAUACCCACUUUUUUUAGACGGAAAUGUAUCUCACGCAGUUUAAAUAUCAUCAAGUUAGCAAUACUUUGCUUGCAUCAAAAUUUGCUCCAUUACAGCUCUGUUAAACUAGAAUGUGACAUAAAAUUCUCCCACUGUUGCUAAACGAAUGUGGAAACCUUUGACCGCUAUGAACUGUACAAUUUAGAAAAGAUUGUGGUGGAGGUGGAAGAGGGGAUUAGGAUAUUAGCUUCUGUUUUUAAAUUCUGUCCUUGGGCUGAAUCCAUUUAUGGCUUAAGUUGGUUCCAAUUAUUUCGUGGUAAUUUUUUUCCAUUUUGACAAAAUGUUUUUGUAUUUUUAACUUUAUAAAAUUCUCCAAAAAUUAGUUGGUUAUAAUUUAAUAAUAAUAAUAGAUUUUAUCUUCUCAUAGGAUUUUAUCUUCUCAUAAUAGAUUUUAUCACUCUUUUUCUGAAAGCUUUUGUAUUCCCAUUAAAAGAAAUCUGUGAAUUAUUUUUUCUCAGCAAACCAACCAAUUACACAUUUUUUUUUACAAUCGCUAACAGCAAUGUUUAUCGACAAAUUGUAACAAUUGUUGCAUUAAUGCUAAUUUUUUCUAUUUCAUUUCAAAAAAAGGUUUUAUUUUAAGAACUAACUAUAUACAAAUAUUUAAUUUUACUAUUUUGUUGGUCAAUGUAUGAUUUUUUAUUCAAAAAUUUGUACCAAAAUAUUAAAAAAUAAAUAAAAAAAUCUUGCUAAAUUGUCAAGAUAAAUUAUUUUUUUCAAGAUAUGUUUAAAAAAAUAACGUUUUGAAUAAAAUAUUUUAUAAUAUGGACACUUUUCUUGCCUACACUCUAUUAGAAUAAGGAAACUAAAACCUGGAAAUUUUUAGAUUUUUAUCUGGAAAAAUCAGGGAAAUUUGAAAUCUGAUAUGAGUGGCCACCCUGUUAAAGGUGCUUAUUUUUGAUUUACGUUUUUUAAAAGUCCUUAAAGGUGCUUUUUUUUUUGUUCGGGGUUGGUAAAAAGUGCUUAAUUUUCUAAUUUUUAAAAAGAUUUUUUUUCUUUGCUGUAUCGAUUGUCAUUGUAAAUUACAAAAAAAGUCAUGCUUUUCGCAAUUUUCUCUGCAGUGUUCAUCAGAAACUAGUUAUUUUAUCAUGAUUAUGUAAAGUUCUGAAUUUUAUUGAUUUUAUGUUUAUAAAUUAAGAACUUUAAACGAUUUAAAAAAAAAAUUAUUAUUGCACAGAUCCCAAUUAUGAUUUUCUAUUUUUAGAGUGAUUAAAAAUAUUUUUUGAGUGCUUAAAAGGUGCUUAUUUUUUAUUGAAAAAUCUGGCUACAUACCCUGCAAAAAUCAUUGUCCUUAGUUAAAUUUUAACUUUAAUUUAAUAAAAACAUACAUUUAGCAAUACUAGCACUAAAAGUUAUCUUCAAAAAUUUUAGACUGGGUCACACAGAAAAAAAGUUGAGCAGAAAAAAAAAACUAAUGGUCUAUUAGAAUAAAUUUAAAAUAAUAGUUCGAAUUUCGACUUGUAAACUUUACAGAGGGACAUCCUUGUCAUUUCAUUUUUAAAAAAACUUUACGGAAAAAAAAGAUCACUAUAAUAUGGCGUGAACAACCUAUUAGACUUACCCCACCGCACAAUCUGGCCUAUCUAUUAGUAGAUAUCCAUUAGUAGUGCUAUCUAUUAGUAGAAAAAUUCCUUUUUUUUUUCUCCUUAGAUUGCAAGGAAAACAGGUUUGCGUUGUACUGGCGCUUUUUCUUCCACUUCCAUUAAGGAACAGAGUAGCUGGCGCUUCUCUUUUCCCAGGAUGUUUCUGGAUCCCAGCUUGCUUUCACCCAAGCAAGCCGAGUGAGAACAACAAAGUUUUACGAGGCGGAGAAGAGAAUCUUAGAACUUGCUUUUUUUUAAAGUAUUGUGAAACUACCGUUUUUCCUUAAGUUGAAUUUGCUAAGCGGUAGUAAAUUUGCCCAGACAGAUCCCUGCUUUUAAUGAACUCAUGCAUUGAAAAUUAUCAUUUAUUUAUAUUUAACUUCAUAAUUUUUAUUAGUAUAUUUUUAAAAUCAUAUUUCUAAGCUCUUCAGCAGAAGCAUAAUAUAUUUAGCUGUUGAAACAAGUGUAUUUUUUGUGUGUGAUUUCUAUUGAGCGCUUUGAUUUACAAUGUUUUUCAUGUCAUAUUUUUAAAGUAACUGACAAACUUGCUCAAAUAUGCUUAAAAGAUGUUUUUUUUAAUAGAUUUUAAUGAUAAAAUGUCGAAAUUAGUUUGUUCCUACAUUUGAUUUAGCAUUUUAUAAUGUUGAAUAAAUUUCUUUUAUUGUAUUUAUAA